AUGGAGACGAAAUUUAUUUUUGUCAACAUACAGAAACCAAGCGAUGCCCUUCAGCUCUCAAAGGAAUCCCAGGUCCGAUCCCACGUGACGCGCCAUCAGUGGAAGCAAGCGCGCCGAGAUAAGCGUCCCCAGAACAAGUUGCAGAAGUUGCAACUUGUUAACUUGUUGCACAACGUGAAUGGCGCUGAAUGUCGAACCGGCUUCGAGUUCAACGUAUGCAGACUGGGGACAGGCUACAUCUCGCCUCAGAUAGGCGGACUCAGAGUUGACCCUUUCCAAUCAUAUCCUAUUUCGGUUCAACCUUGGACUCCGCUGCUAGUUGAUCACUUUGAUAUUCCUGAGCUUGACCUGCCUGGGAAACACGGCCUAUUGAGGACCCUCUGGUUUCCAUUAGUGAUGACCGAGCCCGCGUUGUUUUCUGUCAUUAUUCUUCUUGCUGCAUCGCAUUAUGCUUCCUUACAGCGAGACAUUGGGAGUAUGAAAAUGGACCUUCUCGGCCUUCGCUAUGAGGCCGUACAAUCCAUCAAUCGCUGUCUUGAUGCUCAGCCGCCUCAUACCAUAAAUGACGCUUUGAUAGGGGCCAUAGCAAAGAUGGCUAGCUAUGAAGCCAUGUUCGGUAGUCUCAAGAAUUACGACAUCCACAUGCAGGGUCUCGUACGGGCCAUUAAUUUACGGGGUGGUCUAGGAUCACUGGGACUAGAUGGCCUGCUCCAUCGGAUCGUGGUGAACCUCCAGAUCCGAAUCCGGGUCAAUUUCUCGGAAGCUCCUGAUGGUAAAAUGUCACUCACGGGUAAAGUUGCUCUCGUCACCGGCGGUGUUAAGAACCUUGGAGCCCUUAGUGCUCUCGAGCUAGCUGGUGUGGGCGCCGACCUUGCUCUUCACUAUCAUUCAACAAGUGACAAGGAUACAGCCGCGCUGGAAGCCAAGCUUAAGGAAAGGAAUCCUUCGAUCAAGAUUGCCUUUUACCAAGGUGAUCUGACUUCUGCAGCCGCAGUGACAAAACUGUUUCAAGAUGUGAUUCGUGACUUUGGGCAUGUUGAUAUUGUGAUCAACACGGUCGGCAAAGUACUGAAGAAGCCUAUCACGGACAUCAGUGAGGAAGAAUAUGACUCUAUGUUCGCUGUGAACUCUAAAACUGCAUUCUUCAUUUUGAAGGAGGCGGCUACUCAUGUGACUGAUGGUGGGAAGAUCAUCAGUAUCGUCACUGCGCUCCUGGGCGCGUUUACUGGCUACUAUACUUCUUACGCUGGUAGCAAAGCUCCUGUCGAGCACUUUACUCGGGGCGUUUGUAAGGAGCUCCAGUCGAGGAGGAUCAGUGUAAACAAUGUCGCCCCAGGGCCAAUGGAUACACCUUUCUUCUACCCCCAGGAGUCUCCAGAAGCCGUGGAAUUUCACAAGGCAAAUGGUAUGGGCAACCGUCUUACUAUGGUGGAGGACAUUGCUCCUAUCAUUCGCUUCCUUUGCACUGAUGGUGCUUGGAUCACCGGCCAGACCAUCUUCGCCAACGGUGGAUACACUACUCGUUGA